AUGGACCAGUGCGACCCAAUUAAUAUCCCAGCUAAUCCAAACCGCCGACUCAAACCAGAGAUGCCCCCUAAGACAGAAGAAGAACGGCAUAAAAUGAAAAAAGUGCCAUAUCGGGAAUGUAUCGGGUCGUUAAUGUACUUAAUGGUAAUGACAAGACCAGACAUUGCUUUUUCCAUUAAUCAAGCUGCAGCUUACGUCUCUGACCCGGGAGAAGAACAUUGGACUGCAGUCAACGAAAUCUUGGCCUACCUCAGACGAACCAUUCAUCACGGCAUUUGCUAUGGCGAUUGCCCCAACUCGACUCUACUCGGCUACACAGACGCUGACUGGGCUGGUGAACUCGAAAAACGAAAAUCAAGCACUGGUGUCCUAUUUCUCUUCAAUGGUGGACCAGUAUCAUAUAGCAGUAGACGUCAACGAGCAACAGCCUUAUCUACCCGAGAUGCUGAGUUCUACGCAGUAUGUGAAGGCGCAAAAGAGUCCAUCUGGCUAUAA